CACUGCCCCACAUAAAGUAAACAUCCAGGGCUGCUGGUUGUGGCGCUUUCGGCGAACUGUAGCUGGCAGCUGCACUGUUCUCAUUACUCUGUGCUCCCUAUCCUCACUUAUCUUCAGCUGCCCAUCCUUCUGGCAGCCUCAGGCGUCCAUGUGUCACAGUAAUCAGCUGUCAUCCGUCUCAAGUGUGUCGUGCUAAAGAAUACCGCCUAGCAACCCCGCGUGGUAUCAUCAUAAAACUACCAAGCCUGGUCGCUGGUAAGAGUAUAAGUAAUAUAAUGACAGGUGGUGCAGGUGUGAUCCUGGCCUGGCCUUGCCUUCAAGACACUACAACACACACGGGUCUUCCUCCAGUAUCCAGGUGGCAAGACAUCUAGCCAUAUUGCUUGCCUGCCACCAGCACUUCCGGGGCACAGUGGCAGAUUACAGUAUAGGGGUGCUGCCAAGACAGUGAUAUGAUGGGACUCAGCUGGCAGUAUGGCUGUGUUUCAUUGCUGAGUUGUGUCCUGGUGGGGGUUGGAGUGACAGGGCUGAGUGUGCUGCUGCAGUAUCAGCAUGUGGUGUCCAGGCGAGUGCUGUGCUGGAGGGUGGCCAAACUGGUGCAACGGUGCAGGAGGCGGGUGUAUGUGGUGCAGAGUGAGGAAGACUGGAGGAAAGUCCUGCCUCUUAUACAAAGGGAGGUGCAAGGCCAGGGUGUGCUAGGGCUGGACUGUGAAUGGGUGGGUACUAGUGGAAGGCGGCGACCAGUGGCCCUCCUGCAGCUGGCCACCUGCUCUGGGAUGUGUGUGUUGGUGCGCCUCCAGGCCUUCAGUCCACCACUCCCUGACUCCCUGCAGAGUCUUCUUGGAGACGUGUCUGUCAUUAAGGCUGGCGUUGGCAUAGAUCAAGACAAGAUGUUUUUGGAAACAGAUUAUGGCCUCCUGGUUCAGGGUUGUGUUGAUUUACGUCUGGUGUUAUUAUGCUGUCUGGAAUCUGGCGGUGUAGAGAAGGCCACAGGGAAGGUCACACCAAGCUUGGGCUUAGCAGCGCUGGCAUUCAAGUUCUUGGGACGUACAUUGGACAAGGACUGGCAAGUGCGGACAAGUGACUGGGAGGCUGAAACACUCACUAAGAGGCAGCAAAAUUAUGCAGCAGAAGAUGCUCUGGCUGGUGUGCAGGUGUUAUUGGUGGCAUGCAGCAGAGUGUGGCAGUGUGGUAAGGUGGCAGAGACGUGGUGGCUUCCCUGGCUGCCUCCACCCUUUUUCCAUCACAGCAUGAUGGUACACAUCCACCAGACAUGCCACCACAUUCUAGAUCACAAGUUCUCUACCUCUGCCUCAAAGUUACUUCAGCUCGGUGAAGGCUGUGCCAGCCAGCAACAAGUAACAGCCAAGAUUAGUAAGACCAGCCGGGCAUACUGCCCUCGCAAGACUCCUCUGUACCACAACUGCCAGCUAUUGGCACCUGAUGGUGUGCCGCUAUGCACCUGUGACCCCAAGAAGGCACAGUGGUACUUGGAGAAAGGCCUUGGGGUGGCAGUGCAACAGCAGCCAUUAGUGGUGCGCCUCAACUUUGAGCCGGCCAGCAGACCCCGGGAAGAGUACAAGGACGAGCAGUACUAUGUGCAGGAGCGGCACAACUUGUGUGUGGUGUGCGGCCAAGGUCACUCCUACAUCAAGAAGAACGUGGUGCCACAUGAGUACCGCAGGCACUUCCCAACAAUUCUCAAGGAUCACCAGAGUCAUGAUGUGGUGCUGCUAUGUGUGCAUUGCCACCAGGUGAGUAAUGCCCAUGAUGCCACCCUCAGGGAGCUGCUGGCUACAGAGUGCAGUGCUCCUACUGGCCAGGCGAGCAGCCGUCGAGUGACAGUGAACACCCAGCGCAGGGCUGUAAAGAAUGCUGCUGGGGCUCUGCUCAGGACACGCUUCACCAUUCCCCAACCAAGAAUCACUGAACUAGAGAAUGUCGUGAAGAAAUUCUUUAAUGUUGAUUCCUUGACCCAUGAACUCCUGCAGGAGGCAGCCAAUAUUGAUCCCAGGGACUGGAAUGAGGACUUCCAGGCUCAUGGGGAACAAGUGUGUGAGACAUACCGCAGCAAGGGCCUUGUGCAGUUGCAGCAUAGGUGGCGCAGACAUUUCCUUAACACCAUGCAACCACAACACUUACCGCAGUAUUGGUCUGUCAGUCACAACCUUCACAAGCUGUGCUGCACCAUGGCCAGACUAACCAGUGACCACCCAGACCAUGACACUUACAACUUGAUACUGCUUGGCACAGACGGUAAUGAGGAGGUUCAGCGCAUGAUUGAACAGUGUAAGGAGGCCAGCGUGGAGGAUAUCUGUGGUGACUUUGCACAUUGAUCCUUCCAUUGUUAUAAUGAACAACUGGUAGCACAAGAGACAUUAUGUGAGAUCUUUUACAAGCAGUAAGAGGAAUGAACAAGGGAAUUAUAAGAACUUUACUAUGUUUGCCUUCUGUAUUAUCUAAACAUGGCUGCAGAACAAAAGUAAAUAUCCAAGAGUGACUUGUACUAAAGGGAAGAUGUGCCAGCAGUUAAAGGAAUAAGAACUGCACCAGAAAAGUGAAUAUCACACACAGUUAAACACAGAUUGGGCAAGAUAUCAAACUCUUCCUUCAUCCUGCAGUUUGCCUCAGCACAGUUCAUAAAUAACUUCCUCUCUGAGUGAGUCUUUAUUUGUUUGUACCUCUCUAGCCCUCUAAUUUGUCUCAACACACUAGGGAAAAUGGAAAAAUACACAACAACUGUAACAUUUCCCAUAAAUGACCAU